UAGAUUGCCCCACCCCUGGCUGCGCCAGUGGCUCAUGUGCCGCUGUACCUGGCGCCGCCCCUGACUCGGCCCGCGGCGCACGGCCUGAGCCGAGGCCGCGGUUCAAUAAACCAGUACAGAACGGACCGCCGUGGUGUAACAUUGGCGACGAGGACGCGCGGUUCGCGUGGAACUAGCCAAGGAUGGCUGGUGUGGGGAGAAUGGCGGAGUUCGACCCACAGGCCGAAAGUUUCGGGACCUAUUCACGGCGCAUGGAACAAUUUUUCAUCGCUAAUGGUGUAAAGGAAGAGGAAGAAGUGCGUCGACGAGCAAUCUUCUUGAGUGUGGUGGGCAGUGACGUGUUUAGCCUACUCGAGGACCUGAUCGCGCCGGCCACGGUGAGCUCACUUAGCUACAAGGAGAUCAUCAAACUCCUGCUGGGACAUUUUGAGCCGGCAUCCUCAGCAAUCGUGGCACGGUUCAGCUUUAAUCGCGCCGUGAGAGAAGACGGAGAGUCUGUCUCGGCAUUUGUGGCUCGUUUGCGUCGGUUGGCCAAGCCCUGUCAUUUUCUGAGUGAAACACUGGAGGAAAUGCUGAGGGACAGGUUCGUGUGCGGCCUUCAAAAUGCACAUAUUCAAGCCAAGCUGCUGAAGGAGCAACAUCUCUCUCUGGCGUCGGCUAUUGACAUCGCCCAACUCAGCGAGGCGGCGGACGCAGACGCUUCGCUGUUGAGCGGAGCGGUCGCGGCGGAUGACGUCAUCCACGCGGUCAGCUGGCACGGUGCCAGGAGGGGCGGCGCUGGAGGUCGAGGCGGCGGCCGCGGCCGCGGUCGCGGUGGCUGGAUCAGCAGCGGCCAGCAGCGGAAUCUGCAGCAGCCCAGUCCCAGGACGGGUGGCGAGGCUGCAAUCUUCACUGGAUCUUCACCAGGACGGGUACGAGGCGGUGGCGACAGCGGACGGCGUCGGGGUGUCGCGCUCCGCCAGCCGCAGUGCCCGUACUGUCUGCGACAGCAGCACGCGGAGACGGAGGACUGUCCGGCGCGGCGGCUGCGCUGCUAUCGGUGCCACGCUGUGGGGCACGUGCGAGCCGCCUGUCGUGCCGGCUGGUCUCCGCGGGUGUAUCAUCUCGACGACGAUGGUCUGGAGGCAUUCCGAGACGGCGGCGGGCCCGGACCGUGGACUGAGAACCACGGCUCCGGGGUGAUGGACACGCGCCAGUCGUCGGGAGCGGCCGCUGCCGGGGAGUGCCGCGCAGCUGCAGAGGAAUCGGGUCCUGCUUACUUGGAAGCCCACAACUAGGACGCUACGCGGGCGAUCCGGUGAGCAUCGAGGUGGAUGCCGGAGUUCAGCCGCGCUUUUUCAAGGCUCGCCCGGUGCCCCUGGCGUACCGGGAGCAGGUGGAGCACCAGUUGCAGGCCGAGAUCGAUCGGGGCUUGUGGGAGCCCGUGAAAUCGAGUAAGUGGGCGGCACCGCUAGUGCUAGUGCCGAAAUCUGACGGGUCAGUGAGGAUUUGUGGGGACUACCGUCUGACCAUUAAUAAAGCGGCUCCGGUGGAGCAGUAUCCUUUACCGCGUUUUGAAGAGCUCUCAGCAAAGCUCCAGGGGAGUACGGUGUACUCAAAGGUUGAUCUCAAAUCGGCCUAUAAUCAGCUCCCUCUAGACGAAAAAUCGCGAGAAUAUCUUACCGUCAACACUCUAAAAGGCUUACUGAAGCCCACGAGACUUGGGUUUGGUUAUUCAUCCGCACCAGCACUUUUC